GCAUCUAAAUUUUUGUACAAAAAUUCUAAAAAAAUUUUCACUAAAAUAUUCUAACGAUUUUUACAAAACUGAUACAACUUGCCGAAAUACAAAGUGUAGCAUUUUAGUAUCCACCGGAAAGAAGCCUUUAGCAAUCCAAAAUGUGCUCUCCUUGUGGCCCCUGUAGUCCCUGUGAUCCUUGCUGUGCACCUUUUGAGUGCUCCCCAAAAUGCUACUCCUCUGCACAACUGGAAGCAUUGCCACAAUGCGCGCCACGUAUUCCGCCGCCAUUUCCCAAGUGCAUAACAGUUCAGCAGCCCCCGCGCAUUAUAUGCAAGAAGCGUGUGGUGUUCACAGAGAAAAUAGUGCCGGAGCCGAUGGUUGUGAACCGAUGCAGACAGAUCACCAUUCCGAAGGUAGUGGACACGACGCGUGUUAUAAAAGUUCCGAAACUGCUUUGGGUCUCGCAGAUGGUGCGUGAGCCACGUGUCAUCUACUAUCCGUCGAUGAUACCCGAUCCAUAUGUUGUGUGCUAUCCGAAACGGGUCUGUGAGCCGCGAGAAGUUUGCCAGUCUAUACUGUGCCAGCCGAAGCCACAGACUAUCGAUAUACCGCCGCCACGAGAAUAUUGCUGCUAUCCGAAUGGGCCGAUCAAUUACAAGCCAAGUGCCGCAUGCCCACCAUGUCCGAUCGGGCCGUGCGCUCCAUGUGGACCAUGUGGUGCCUUGCCUUGUUUUUCCACCAAUCAGUAUCCGUUAUGCGAGCCACGCUGCGGGCCUUGUGGGCCGCCGUGUGGACCUUGUGGACCGUGUGGGCCUUGCGGACCAUGUGGACCGUGCGGACCGGGACCUUGUGGACCUUGCAAGCCAUGUGUCGUCCCUAAUUGCGGACCGUGCGGCUUGACAAUGCCAUCAGGCCCAUACAUUCCAGCACCUUGUGGACCGUGUGCACCGUGUGGACCUUGUGGACCCAACGGACCCUGCGGACCGUGUGGACCCUGUGGACCUUGCUCGCCGCCUUGCCCAUAUGAAUCGCCGGAAUGUGGACCCUGCUACCCGUGCGCACCAACACCUUGGAACACGCAUUGCGGACCUGUUGGACCCUGUGGACCGCAAGUGCCCUGCGGCCCUUGUGGGCCCUGCUAAGUGAUCAACAUAGCUGAAACAUAGAUAUUAAAUUGUACACCCCUUUCGUUCUUGCGACUAAAUAUUUUCCCCCCAAUCGCUAUGUCAGUUGCUACGAGAAUGUGCGCGAUGUCUCAAAUUGAAUUGAAGUGAUUCCAAAGUAAAUGGAAGUGAAUAUAA